GGAAGUAGUGAGAUAAGGCCACACGCUCAUGUGCAGCACACUGGAGCUAUGCAGCCUAUCAUGUCAGUGAUAAGGCCAGAGGACUCACCCGGAGCAGCCAGAGCUCUCAGAGACCUGAACGAGGCACAUCAGACAUGAGAGGCACAGACCGCACCGCAGCCAGGCUACCCUGUCACCAGAACCACUGCCUGCACACACAACACUUCAAAAGGUGUUCACAAGGAUAAAAACUGCAGGACACCUAUCCCCACUCAACCUGUUACACAGGCUAUCAGAGAGGGGUUGACUGCACUGAGACAGCAGGCUUUGAGAUACGACAAUUUACUUUUGAGUGGAUUGCUUUUCUUAUUGUUGCACCAGCCCAUUGACAACCCCAAAGGGUGUCAGCUUCAGUGUGAAGACUUCUCUCAUGGCGAGUACUUGGAUCUCUGAAUUGGGAACCAUCUUUAGCUCUAAGCCUGUGCUGCUGCUUCUUAUGACUGCCCUCCUCCAGGGACCUCUGAGCUCUGAUAGCAGCCCCAUUCUGAGCACCCAUCAGAGGCAUCGGCCCGACCCAGGCCUGGGUGACGGCCAUGGAGGAGUGGUGGACAUGUCGGAGCUGGAGCAAGAUGGAGCGGUGAAUAUACAGUUACUGGAGAGUCUGAAGGAACAGUUUCUGAGGACAUUUAACCUGAGUGGCUCUGGUCCUCAGCUGUCUGCAGGCAGCACCAGAGAGGAGCCCCCGGAGUAUAUGAUGGAGCUGUACAACCGAUUUGCCAACGACCACAAUGCUAUGCCCACUGCCAACAUCAUCCGCAGCUUUAAGAACGAAGAUCUUUCGCCAAGUGUUAUUGAUGCCGGAGGGGUCAGACGCCAUAAACUUCUCUUCAACGUCUCAGUACCACACCACGAGCGAGUUACAGCGGCUGAAUUGCGCCUCUACACCCUGGUUCAAACCGACAGGCACCUUUAUGCCGGGGUGGAUCGAAAAGUAACUAUCUAUGAACUGGAAUCUAAUGAAAAUGAGAGCAACGUAACGGAAGAGCAACAAGAAAGAGGUGAAACAGGGGAGGCUGAAGAAAUACACCUUACAGAGUUGGCGUCAAGGCAGGUUUUCGGCACAGAUAAUGGCUGGGAGGCUUUUGAUCUUACAGGGGCUGUCCAGCGUUGGAGGAACUCUGAACAAGGAACUACGCAUCAGCUGGAGGUGCACAUCGCAAGCAUGGUCAGUGACGAAAACAUUCCCGAAAUGGCAAAUGAAAGUGACAAUGCAAUUUUGCAAGACAUGAAAAUUGAUACGAGUCCGGAGGAGAAGCACAAACCGUUGCUGAUCGUUUUUUCGGACGACCAAAGCAACGAUCGCAGAGAGGACAAACGUGACUUAAAUGAAAUGAUUGAUCGUGAAACCUCCAACAUGGUCCUUCAGAAUGAGAUCUGGGAUGACCUGGAGAAGAGCAAAGACUUAUAUGAGGAUGAAGAGGAGCCAGAUGAAGAGGACCUGAUCCAAAUGAGGUCCAACUUUAUCUAUGAUACGGCAUCUCGAAUUCGACGAAAUGCCAAAGGAAACCACUGCAAGAAACAGUCCUUGUAUGUGGAGUUUAAGGACAUUGGUUGGGACAGUUGGAUCCUGGCCCCCACUGGUUAUGAUGCCUUUGAGUGCAAUGGGGUGUGCUCUUUUCCACUGACAAAGCAUGUAACACCCACAAAGCAUGCCAUCGUCCAAACACUGGUAAACAUCCACAGUCCACAGAAGACAUCUCAAGCAUGUUGUGUUCCCACCAAGCUGGAUCCUAUUUCACUCUUGUACUUGGACGAUACCGGAGUGGUCACCUACAAGUACAAAUAUGACGGUAUGGUGGUGGCUGAAUGUGGCUGCAGAUAGUGCAGGCUUUUACAGACUCUUUGGCUCAAAUUGUGAAAGCCAGCUAUUAGCUGGAAUCGCCAGAAAUGGGGGUUCAAUGGAUUGUACCAAAGAAAGUACUCAAAAAGCUGUAAACGCACCAAAGUGAUGUUUGUGGAAAGCAUUGGGACUGCAGUUGUUGUUGACAGUGGCAAUAGUGAAGUGUGUCCUCAGUGAGAGUUACAGAGCUCCACAUUUCCCAAAGGUUCAGGAGCGCCUGAUGCAGCGAGCACAGACUUGUGGGAACCGGACUCCCCCCCCUCAUUUCCCCUGACAGGGCCUUCCUCUGCACUUAUCUGUGGCCAAACAAUCAUCAGCACUUCAUGGGCCCGAGGCGAGCAGGCGAGUGGGCGGGCUGGGAGGCCUGGACUGUCCUCCUGCUGCUGGACCUGGCUUAUCUGCCCCUCUGUUUCCACUUCACAUGCCUCUGCUCAGCCUGAGCCCGGUGAUAGUGAGCUGUUUCAGAAACAUGUGUGGCACCAUCAAACUGGACAGUACUGGUGUAGAACAGACUAUGCACAGGACACGGGGACAGGGGUCACUCACAUUCGUGAACUCAACCCACUGACCUAGUCUGUGCCCCCAACAUACCUCCAGCCUCUGGUUGGGUCAUCCAUCACUUUUAUCAAGAAAAGUCUAUAGGGCAUUAUUAUGUUCAAAGCCAAUACUGUGAUUGUAAACUGUAUUAAUAUUCAUUUGAUACCUCUGCUGCUUGUGUCAAUUUAUCUAUUUAUUGUGUUAAUUUAUUAAUUUUUACAAUGUAAGAUUUUUAUUGUAUAUUUCUUGUUGUGACAAUGCUUAUGCAGCAUAAAGAUAUUUUUUGGGAAGUAUUAUUCUUUACAGCAUAGAAGAAUAAUGAAAUGCCUCUAUAUUCCAUUAUGUGUUGUUUAAAGAAAUUGUAGUUAAGAUCUUGACACAGUGCGAUGUUGAACUCCUGCUCAUUUGACAGUAUCAGCACAGAGGUCAUAGUUCAUGUGUCACACAAACAAAGCAUCAUGGGAAACAUAGUACGAGGUGCGCUAAUGAACAAAAUGGAUGGUUUGUCUGUGCUGACAGCAAGCAGAUGAAGCUCUGAUGGAAA